AUGCCCGAGAAGCUAUUGCAAAAUCUAUGGAAGGUGGCCCAAGGCAAAUGGGAAUCGGGCGUCCUUCCUAGCGCCGAGAGCUUGGCCAGAGCCCGAGCGUCUCUACCUGAUAGUCUUUCCAAUGCAGGUGUCAGUCUCGAUUCUGUUCAGAAACAUAUCCUAGAUGAUAUAGUCCCCGCCUUCAAUGGAGGAAGCAUCAGCCCCAACUAUUAUGGAUUCAUCACAGGCGGGGUCACGCCGGCAGCGCUCUUCGCUGACAAUGUCGUGUCUGCCUACGACCAAAAUGUACAAGUUCAUCUUUCGAACCAUUCCAUCGUCACUGAUGUCGAGUUCCAUACGCUUGGUCUGCUAGCAGACCUUUUUCGACUGAACCGUUCCUCAUGGCAUAACGGGACUUUCACGACCGGCGCUACGGCGAGUAACAUUCUCGGUCUUGCCCUUGGGCGCGAGUUUAUUCUCCAAAAAGCCGCCGAAAGGAAAGGAAGCCCGGUAUACAGUGUUGGAGAAGAGGGCCUAUUCGAGGUAUUACAUGCUCUCAGUCUUUCAGGCGUUCAAGUGCUGUCAACGCUCCCUCAUUCUUCUCUUGUCAAGGCUGCAGGUGUUCUCGGCAUUGGGCGCGCCAAUGUUCGAAACAUUUGUCGUGCUGAUAAUGCACUUCAUUUUGACAUUGACCAGUUGGAGAAAGAGCUUGCACGGACGGACAAAGUCAGCAUCGUCGCUGUAUCCUGCGGAGAAGUCAACACUGGCCGAUUCGCUACAUCUGGUAUGCAGCAAUUGGCUGAGAUUCGUCGGUUAUGUGACAAGUAUGGCGCUUGGAUCCAUGCUGACGGUGCAUUUGGAAUCUUCGGUCGAGUCUUAGAUGACAACCCGGAAUUCGCAACUGUCAAGAGGGGAGGAGAUGGCAUAGAAUUGGUAGACUCGAUUACCGGCGAUGGCCACAAGCUCCUGAAUGUACCUUAUGACUGUGGCUUCUUCUUUUGCCGACACCCUGACCUGGCUUUCCGGGUCUUCCAAAACACGAAUGCGGCCUACCUUACUGCAGCGGCAUCCGAUGGGCCCUCCAUCCCAUCUCCUCUGAAUAUCGGAAUUGAGAAUUCUCGGCGAUUCAGGGCAUUACCCGUGUACGCGUCUCUCCUUUCAUAUGGCAAAGAUGGUUACCGAGAAAUGCUGGAACGUCAAAUCCGACUUGCCCGCGCCAUCUACGAUUGGGUCUUUGAACACCAGGAGUACAUUCCGCUGCCACAGACAAAUUCCAAGACCGAGCUGUUAGACCAAACAUUCAUGAGUGUCUUGUUUCGGGCCAAGGAAGAUGCUUUGAACAAUGAGUUGGCGAAGAAGAUCAAUGACACCGGCAGAAUGUUCGUUUCAGGGACAAGCUGGGAUGGGGCCCCUGCUUGUCGGAUUGCCAUUUCCAAUUGGCGAGUUGAUGUCGAGCGAGAUUUCAACUUGGUGACAGGUGUGCUGGCCAAGGUUUCUCAGAGCUAG